GCAGUCCAGGCGGUGGGAGUACGCAAAAUCUAAAAUUCUACGUGGAAAUAAAUAAAUAAAUAAUGGCUAGUAAACCGAAAAAGGAGGACGACGCCGGCAACGACUGGGCGCAGAGCGAUGAGGAGGACAACUGGGACGACUGGGGCGACGACGAGGAUAAGUUCGUUCACGUGGAGAAGGAUCAGCAGCAGCAGGAGGAGAAAGUCUCGGCCAGAAACGACGCAAAACAGGAAAAGCUGGAAAGUCCGGGAGUUCCUCCCACAGCCACCGCCUCCUCCACCGCAUCCUCAUCCUGGGGCCUCUGGGGCGGUAAACUGAGCUCCGUGCUGAGCACCGCCACGGAGGGAUUGGGUACUUUGAGCACCCAGGUGAACCAGGGCCUCAACCAGAUCAUAGGAGUCCCUGAUCCCGAGGAACUGGCUCGCAUCAAUGUGGCUGAAAAGCAGGAAAAGGUGGAAAAAACGGCGAAGGAGCCUUUCCCACAGGAAAAGGAUAAAACCCCAGAGGAGCUCCCCCAAGAUGAAAGCGAAUCCUCGCCCGCCUUUGGCCUGGGUUUCGUCACGAAUCUGGGCUCCAAGGUGCUCAACACGGGACUGGAUACUCUGGAGGGCAUUGGCAAGAAAACGAUGACCAUUCUGCAGGACAACGACCCCAAGCUGAUGAACAAGCGCAAGUUGCUCGGCCUGGAUGCCAACUCACCCAAUCUGAGUGCCGUUUUGCUGGAGGCCAAAAAGGAUGCCGAUCAAAUGGAGCAAUCCUUGCAGCAGCUGCAGCUGGAGCGGCAGAAGGCACAGCUGCGCUUUGAGGUCCUGUUCGAGCACUACUGCGGCCUGGUGCACUUCGAGGCCCUGGAGAUCCUCUCCCGGGAGUCGCGCCUCAAGCUGGAUACCCUGCUGGAUGCGGUCAGCGGAAAUGCGCUCGCCGAACUGCAGGAGACCAUCAACGAGGUGAAGGAGCUGCUCGAACUGGAGGAGUUGGAUGUGGAGAGCGAGGGCGAGUACGAUGGCCAGGAGCUGGGCGAGCGACUGGCGGCCACCAUCAAGGAUGCCGAGCUGGGCAUCCAAUUCGAGGAUAUAGCAAAACACUGGACGCAGUCCCUGGAAUGGCUAACCUCCGAGGAGGCCACCAGUGGCGACCUGGAGCAAGCCUACGCCAAAAGCAUCCAUGCCCUGAGCGAAGCCUGCGCCUUGGAGGUGUGCAAGCUGCACAAGAUCGCCGAGCUGCUGCUGGUGAAACCGCAUCACAGCACCGCCAACGAAGUGGACGGCGUGGUCAAUCUCUGCCAGCAGUUCAACGGGCACCUUCAAGGACUGAGCCACCGGUUCGCCGCCGUCUUGAGUGGCAAGCAGGAACCGGAAGAGGCCAAGGCCAGGGUUAGCACAUUCUUUUCCGAAAUGCUUUCCGCCGUGCAGUUCAUCGAGAAGGCCUACAAACUAUUCACGCCCAUUCUGCAAAUGGGAGCUGUCUAGAUUUCAAGCUAAGAUUUAAAUUUAAUUGUUGUACUUGCUAUUUUUACGAUUGCUCGGUUUAUGUAUGUCCUCAACUCAAUUGUUUUCCACAUAAAUGUAUAAAAAUUAUAAAAGAAUGCAAUGCUUAUGCUUGUGAUAACAUUCCA